AUGGCAUUAGACUGGAUAAAGAAGAAUAUUGCUGGUUUCGGUGGCAAUCCUGAGCAAAUUACCGUCGGUGGUGAGAGUGCUGGCGAUAAACACUUGGAUGGUAAUACAACAUUUGAUCCUAUCACUGAAUGGUCAAUCGGUGAUAUUGGAACAGUAGUAGCUGAAGAAAGUGGUGAUUUUGGUGGAACAUAUGUUUUACAUGCAAAAGGUAAUGCGCAGAUUUCAACAGACUUUGAUCAACAUUCAUAUAUUACUAAUCAAUCAUAUGAUGCUUUCACAAGUACGCUAACAGCUGUUAUCAAUAUUAUACAAAAUACAAUUGGUCUGAUGCUUAGUUUUCGUAAUACAAAUGGUUAUGGUUUACAAGAUAUAGUUUUAUUACAAUCGGGUCAUGAUUUAACAUCAAAAUCAAAUAUAACUAAUUUGUUAUUAGCACAUUUAUCACGUUUUAGUUUAAUAUGUUUUACGGAUUGGAUAAGUACAAAUGGAAAUGCUGAAACAAAUUGGAAUCAGACAACACCUAUAAAUUGGCCAUAUUAUCGAGGCUUGCAUCAUAAACCAUGGGAAAUAAUUUCAUUUGUUGCUAAUUCAAUUAAUAAACUUGCAAAUGUAUGA